CCAUUGUUGGAAAAGGGCGAAAACCCUGUAAUUCUAGGGUUUCUCUAAUCACAAUCAAAGAAUCUCAGUGAAAGAAACUGAUAGUGAAACCGUAUCUUCUCUAUCUCCGAUCGGUCCUAUCAACACGAAGAGUUCGAUUAUUUUUCUCUGUUAACUUGAGAGUUUAUGCAAGAUGACUCAAGAUGUGGAGAUGAAAGAGCAGCCAGCUCCCUCUAAUUCUGUUACUUCAGUUGGUCCUUCUACUUUGCAGCAUUUGAAGGAAAUUGCAUCUUUGAUUGAGACUGGUGCAUAUGCCCGGGAGGUUCGUCGGAUUGUGCGUGUUGUUCGCCUAACCAUUGCUUUGAGGAAGAAGCUGAAGGCUUCUGUGCUAUCUGCAUUCUUAAAUUAUGCCCUUGUGUCAGGAUCUGAGGUGCACAGUCGGUUGUCCUCUUAUCUUCCCAAGGAGGAUGAACAAGAUAUGGAAGUUGAUACUGCAACAUCUACAACUCAAGCUCCUGUUAAGCACCCCUUGCCUGAGCUUGAGAUUUACUGCUACUUGCUUGUGCUAAUAUUUUUGAUUGAUCAGAAGCGAUACAAUGAGGCUAAAGCAUGUUCAUCGGCAAGUAUUGCCCGUCUGAAGAAUUUGAAUAGGCGAACCAUUGAUGUUCUAGCUGCCAGGCUCUACUUCUAUUACUCUCUCAGCUAUGAACUCACUGGUGAUCUUGCUGAAAUUCGUGGUAAUCUCCUUUCUUUACACCGAAUUGCUACAUUACGCCACGACGAGUUGGGUCAGGAAACACUUCUCAACCUUCUACUUCGAAAUUACCUCCAUUACAACUUGUUUGAUCAGGCAGAGAAGCUGAGGUCAAAGGCACCCCGUUUUGAAGCUCACUCAAAUCAGCAGUUUUGCCGGUAUCUCUUUUAUCUUGGAAAGAUUAGGACGAUACAGUUGGAGUAUACAGAUGCGAAAGAGUCACUCCUGCAAGCUGCUCGGAAGGGCCCCGCUGCAGCUCUUGGUUUUCGGGUGCAAUGCAAUAAGUGGGCUGUGAUUGUCCGACUUCUGCUUGGAGAAAUCCCUGAGAGGACUGUUUUUAUGCAGAAGGGCAUGGAGAAGGCUUUGAGGCCAUACUUUGAGCUUACAAAUGCUGUUCGAAUUGGAGAUCUGGAGCUGUUUAAAGCUGUUGCUGAGAAGUUCUCUGGUACUUUCAGUUCCGACGGGACCCACAAUUUGAUUGUUAGGCUGCGGCAUAAUGUUAUAAGGACCGGGUUACGCAACAUCAGUAUUUCUUAUUCCCGUAUCUCACUGGCUGAUGUGGCCAAAAAGCUGAGGUUGGACUCUCCCAAUCCCAUUGCUGAUGCUGAGAGUAUUGUAGCCAAGGCGAUCCGGGAUGGUGCAAUUGAUGCCACACUGGAUCAUGCAAAAGGGUGGAUGGUUUCGAAAGAAACUGGGGAUAUCUACUCUACAAAUGAGCCUCAAAUUGCUUUCAAUUCGAGGAUUGCUUUCUGUCUCAAUAUGCAUAAUGAAGCUGUCCGUGCACUUCGUUUCCCUCCGAAUUCCCACAAGGAGAAGGAAAGUGCUGAGAAGAGGAGAGAGAGGCAACAGCAGGAGCAAGAGCUUGCGAAGCAUAUAGCUGAGGAGGAUGAUGAUGAGUUUUGAUAACUUUGCAACGUGUUCCCCUAGUGAUGCCAGCAGCUUCCUUUCAUAUUCCUGAGCAAAGAUGUUUGACUUGCAGCUUCUGCUUUCGUUUUUAAAUUAUGCAAACUGCCUCAUGCUUUUGGUGUUAGUAAUUACUGUUUUAUUGUUUUUGGAUUAUGUUCUGGGGUGCUUUUCCUGGCCCUUUUUCUUCAUUUUUUCUUUCUCCCAAGAAGCCCCCGGUUAAACUACGUUCUGUGGUGAUUUACUCUCUUCUCUCAUCAGUUUUAUUAAACAAUGACUUAUUCUUGCUUCUGAAUAGAAAAUGAGCAGCACAACUGGAUAAA